GGUUUUAGGGCUACUUGUUAUCGCGAAUGGCUUUGGCUCUCGGCUAUGGCGCCAUGCCAUUGCCGAGGCGCUGCUGCUUCAAUGCCGCCUCUUCUUCUUUCAAUCGGGUUUUGGUCGUGAGAGCUGCUGCGCGAAUGAGCGCUGCGCAAGAGACUCUCGAGGUGCUGGAAUGGAAGAGACUGUCCAGUGCUGUUUCGAGUUUUGCUAGCACUGCGCUGGGAAGGCAACGCCUCCAGGUUCUCGAACUGCCCAGCACUGAGAGUGCCAGUGAGAUGCUUCUCUCGGAGACUCAUGGCGCAUUGGAGUUUGAAGCUCUUCGUGGGAAUUCUUGUGACCUUGGAGCAAUCCAAACAGAUGUGGUUAAAGUUGGAUUGACUCGUGCUAGCAAAGGAGUUGCUCUAUCGGGCAGAGAAGCUGCUGCCCUUGCCGCUAUGCUUGAAGCAGCUCGUUCUCUCAGGCAUGCUGCUUUCUCUUCGUUUCAAGAAAACAAGGAGAAACAAGAGAUUUUGCGUCCUAUCUAUGAUAUGCUUUGCUCCAUUGAUGCCGACGUUGAUACUACAAAGACGAUCUGGAACGCUGUUAACGACGAUGGUUCGGUGAAAGAUUCAGCGAGCCCCGAGCUACGAACUGCGAGAAUGGAACAAGCCUCGUGCGAGAGAAAGCUUCAAGAGCUUAUGACGAGGAUUGUCAUCGACAGGCUUGCUGGCGAUCCUAAUGGUCAGGUUGCCAGCCUUGAUGGAAGGCUUUGCGUGGCAGUUUCUACUGAAAACAGUUCGAAAGUGCCAGGUCUACUCUUGCAAAGUUCUGCCGGAGGAUUAGUUUCCUACGUAGAACCUUCUGCAGCUGUUGCAUUAAACAACAGUUUGUCGCAGGCUAGAGCAGAUGCUGCUCAAGCUGAAUACCGUGUUCUGGAUGAUCUCACGACCAAGUUGAGACCUUCUCUCAGCAAUUUUUCUUUCACAUUGGAUAUUGUUGCAGAUUUUGAUGUGGUGCUGGCUCGUGGAAGAUACAGCUCUUCUAUUGGAGCGACCAGACCUUCAUUUGUACACGCGGAAAGAGACGAAUCGGAGAGUACAUUGGACGAGUUUCUAGUUCUUUUGGAAGGGGCCAGACAUCCUCUGUUACUAGAACAACACCGUGGAAACUUACGUGAAGCGAAAGUAAAACUGAACACGAAACGGAAGAUUCUUAACAGGAUGAAGUCACGGGCUUUCACCAGUGCUCAGGACUAUCAAGCGGCAGAGGAAGCUAUUACCAAAGCUGAAGAAGAAGUUGCAGAGCUGGAGGCCUCCGCACCCGUUCCCAUUGACUUCCUUAUCAAGAGAGAAACAAAAGUUGUCACCAUUACUGGACCGAAUACGGGAGGCAAAACUGCUGCUAUCAAAACGCUUGGAUUAGCUGUGCUAAUGGCCAGAGCAGGACUUUACGUUUUAGCCAAAGAACCAGCUCUAAUUCCAUGGGUUGAUAGAGUUCUUGCUGAUAUAGGAGAUCAACAAUCGUUAAGCCAGUCUUUAUCAACGUUCUCCGGACAUUUGCUCAGAAUCAAGCGGAUCAAAGAGGAGUCAACGAGCUCUUCUCUAGUUCUUUUGGACGAGGUUGGAACUGGUACAGACUUUGUGGAAGGCGCGGCUUUAGGAAUGGCAAUGCUGGAGUCAUUUGCAGCUGGUAGUCUUCUCACUUUGGCCACAACACAUCAUGGAGAACUCAAGAUGCUCAAAUAUAGUGAUGAUAGAUUCGAGAAUGCAUCAGUCGAGUUCGACGAAGAGAAGCUCAAACCAACUUACCGACUUCUUUGGGGGCUUCCAGGACGUUCGAAUGCUCUAAACAUUGCAGCACGGCUGGGCCUGCCCGAAGAAAUCAUAAUGGAGGCCCGAAGCUUGCACGGAGCAGCCAAUGCCGAGUUAAACGAGGUGAUCAUGACGCUGGAACAAGCUCGGCAGAAGUUUGAGCACGAUUUGUCCAAGAGCCAGAAACUCUUGGGGGAAACCAAAAGGCAUUAUCGUGCACUCUCGAUUGCUCAGAAAGAGAUUGAGGAGUACAGAAAGACGGCUGCGUUGGAUGCCAACGAUCAGCUCGCAGUGGCUGAAGCAGCGGCACGAAGCGACCUUAACAAACUCUAUCAUUCGUAACGCUCCCUGGAAAAGGAAUUCCAAGCGAAGAACACUUCCUAUUAUCCUUGUUUAGACUAAUCUAAUUCUAAUUGUCAAAGCAAGGGGAUGUAGCUCAAA